CAGCAGACCGCGAUACGGCGACAACUGUGCGCGCGAAAACCGCAGGAGGAGGAGGAGGAGGAGGACGCGGAUUUCUCGCGCGGAGGGCAGGAGUCCUCGCGACCGUCGCGCGGUACCACGACGAGGACGAGGAAGGCUCGCUCUCCCGAAGCGGAGGAGAAAGAGGCGGAGAGCAGAGGGUUCGCGGUAGCGAAGGACGGGUCUGAAAGACGAUCCGGAUGUGGCGAGAUCCACUCGCUUUCCGCUCUCCCGCUCUUCUCCUGCCGAUCGUCACGGUGCGUCGCGCCGCGCCACGACGUCGGCGCGACGACUGAGCUCGCGCCAAAGAAAUUUGCCGCUGAUCCGCGGUAAAAGAGCGCACCGGGGAACCGUUGCCGCCGUCACCGCCGCGGACAACACGCCGUCCGAGCGGAAUUAAAAGUGCGUUUAAAAAGGUUAGCGGGAUAAAAAAGGUGUGCGCGCGCGCGCGCGCCCGCGCGCGAAAGGAUAAGAGAAAGGAAUAGGAGCCACCUCCGAGUCCUUGAGAGUACCCAACGGGUAAAAGUGCCGUGCGCAGAGCCAGCCGGUUGACCCUGGGCAGUCAACGGAGCAGACCCCGUUGGAGAAAGAGAGAGAGAGAGAAAAAAAACACCUUCUCCGUCGUCGUCGUCGUCGUCGUCGUCGUCGUCGUCGUCGCCGCCGCCCUUUAUCAUCAUCGUCAAGGAUCCAUUUCUUCCCGGCGGCGAAUCUCCUCGCGCGUGAGAGCUCAGAUGAUCUGAAUCUCGAGGAGGCGGAUUAUACGUAGUGCGCGCGUGUGAGACAAAACCCACGUGUGUGACAUCGCGCGAAGCAGAAGAGAGCAGCGGAAGGAGAUCGUGAGGAACAACGACGAAGACGCAGAGGGAUUCUCUCCUCCUGUCCUCGGCCGGCGCCAGCGAUUUUACAAGCGUUUUCCUCCGUGCGAGAUAUAGUGUGCAAUCCGCGCACUCCGCGAGUGUGAAGUGAGUAACGAGGUGCCCCGCGUUAAAUCUCGAGUUCGCCCCCUCGAGUUCGAGCGUGUUGCUCCUCGCGCACGUUUCUCCCGUUCGACGCCUACCGCUACUGAUCUGUUUCUCUCGUGCCAAGUGGUUGUGUGGCCGGUGAUUCCAUACCGCGGAAUAUCAAUGUACGUCACGUGCCCGCAGCGUCGCCGAUGUCACGGGGUCCCGGCACGUCGUCGCCGGCUCGCAGAAAGUAUGCUUCUCACGUGACUCGACGAGGUGAUCCCGUGGGAUAUACGCUCCGUCGCGUUGCUCAUCCUGGAUACCGCCGCCGAUCACACGUUGGACAGCGAGAGCAGCAGUAGAAAAAGCGCAAGGCUGAACCGUGCGUUGCACGAUUGGGAGGAUCUGUAACAGCUUCUGUUAAAACAAAGUCUGAAAUAACAAGUGUCGCCCGUCACUUUUAGCUCUUUUUUUUUUUAAAUAGAAAUUUCCGAAUUAAAAAUAUCAAUAAAAUUAUUUAGUUUUCCUUUUUCUCGGGAAAGGGAGGAUCUUGUACACGUUUUUUGAUGAAUACUAUUAAACUCAUCAAUUUGUUUUGUGAAAUUAUACCACUUUGGAUUUAUGUAGAAACUUAAAUUUCAAGACUGACGGAAUUGCGGUGCGCAAUUUUAUACGGAGACCGUAAAAAUCACACGAAAGUUAUUAUUCGGCACCAAGGUCCGCCGACAUGGGCAAUCUUAUCUUGAUGUUUUGACAUUUUCGUCGGUCGUCUAAUUUCAAUUAUUAAAAUUCUAUCGAGUAUCUCUCUAAUAAUACCUCGUCGAAUUUUCGUUAUCUAGGUGAAAUGUCAUUUCGAUGAAAUAUGUAGCGUGCCCUUCGCGUAUCCGGAACGCCGCUCGUCAGACGGGAAACGCAUCGCGGCGGCGGCGGCGGCGAGGAACGAGGAAGGAGGAGAGAAAAAGAAGGAAGGAGAAACCGCGGAAAGGGGGAUGUAUAAAACGAGCGAUUGCAAAGAGGAAGAGAGCGAGAGGAGCGUGCGUGCGUGCGUGAGAGAGGAGGACGCGCGCGGGGAGUCGGUCUUGCGUAACGUGCGCGCGUGCACGCGUGUCCCUCGCGUAUACACGCUCGGAUCGGGCGACGUGGGUGUUGCAUGUAGAUCUAAGCAGCGAAAGGCCAUCCGUUUAAUAGCUCCCGAUCGCGCAUACACAGGCCCCGGGGAGAUCGGAUCGCCGUUGGAUGACUAAUCCGUAGGUAUCCGUCAGGAGCGGCGCGCGGCGGCGCGGCGAACGGAAAACGGCGGCGCGUGCAUCUCUCGCUGCGCAGUAAAAGCCGCUUGCAGCAGUUGACGAGCCCGCUCUUUGACAUUGAGCGCAUCCGAAUCUCCUCCAGCGCGCGCGCGCGCGCGUCUCCCGCACUCCCGUCACUCCCAUUUCCACUCUUUCACGUCGCCGUUGCCCGCGUGGGCGCGAAGCGGGACGGAAGAGAAUGCGGCUCGGCCGCAUUACGCGACCGUAUUUUCGGCCACUUCCCUCCCCCCCCCCUCCUCCCUCCAGAUAUUUCUUCGCGUUCUCUCUCGACAAGGAGGCGUGUCUCUGCCUUUGACGGUUUUUUUUUAUGUGCAUUUAAAUCGAACUCUAACGAAAUUCCUUCGAGCAGAAUCAGCGAAGAAAAACUGAUGUAAUUUACGACUCGGUUAAAUAUGCCUUCUCUGACGUCACGGAGAAAUUAAGGGGAAUUAAAUCACUUAGGUUAAAGUAAUUUACACGUGUGCGCCGACGUUGCCAGAUAUUAUUUGCGAUUAUCGCGGGAUUCACGCCAAGCGCCGACUUGCCGUGCGUGACACGGUCUUCCGUGGAAAAAGCGAGGGAUUAUUAUCGCCCGCGUAUCGGGAAUACAGGCGAGAUAUCUUCCGGGAGUAAUGUGAGUUCACAGCGAUGAGGUACGCGAGACGGACGAACGAAAGUACGGGGCCGCGCAAAAGUAAUGGCAAUUACAAUUUUGCGAGAACGCGAGCGCCGCGCUUAUCCGGCAAUUUGCGCAGAUAGCAGGAGCGUUUUACCUGCGUAUCGCGGUCUUUACACGUAAUCAAAUUACUCGUUUUAUGGCGCGAUUUAUGUAACCGGAGAGCCGGCGCGUCGUCGACGCGCACUUUUUUCCCCGACGUGCAAAAGUCGCGAAUUCGUCGCAACGAAAGCGCGCGUUAUCGCCACGACAUCUCGACAAAAGUGAAUCCAAGGGGGGCACGCAGCAUCCCGCCGUACGUACACAACAGGACAGCGAUUGAAACCGGUAUAAUUUCAGAUCCGAGUUCAGAUUUCGUUGAUACAGACGCACAUGGAGCUAAUCCGCUUGUUUACUUGUAAUAGUAGAAAUUACUAAGAGUUGUCACUCUCUAAAAAAAAAAACGCUUGAUAUUAUUUUUCGCGAGAUCAAAUUCAUAAAUUUUUGUAAUAAGAGAGGAGAAAGAGUAAAAACGCAGAGGAGAGGUUAGAGUCCGUUUUCACCUAGCGGUGCGCUAAUAUUUUAAUACAUAACUUAUAAAGUGUGUGCGAAUAUUUUAUAAACAAAUACUGUACUUGGUGGCAACUAAAUAUCUGCUUUUGAUAUUUUGACAAAAUCAAAUUUGAGUUUUUUAUUGUUGAAUAGAGAUGUCAACUUAUGUCGUAAUUAAGGUACAAUUAACGAUGCUCUUAAUUAGGCGGCAGCGAGAAACUCUCUUAAUAUAAUUAUUCACCGAAAGGGACGCCCAGCUGUUCUCCAGGCUUUCUCCGUACGUCGUAAAAACUACCGAAAUGUUAUCUGCCGCGUUCGUGGUAUUUAAAUUACUUUUGAAAUACCAAAUGGAUGGCCGUGAGUAUCGUUGGCAGCGAUCUCGUCGGUGUCGGGCGCAGGACAAGAGUGCCCUUUGGAUUACACGGCGAAGGAGGCGACGUCGUCCAUUUGAGAGAAACGAUCGUGCGUUACGUAAGAGAAGGCGGCGUGGAGACGCUGAUGGCAUAAAGACCGAUUCACAUACACUCACACAUACACAUAUACACGUACACGUGCAAAGACAUUCGCGCGGGGCCUUGCGGAAUCGGCGUAAAAGAAUAAACGGGAGUAAUGCUGGUAUUACACGAAGUCAGCAAAAGGGGUAAAUUAAAAAAAAAUUGAGAGUUGCUUGCGCUGUAAAAUUGUGCGGUCGAGUUAGGGUAGAUUCUCUAGAUAACGUGCCGUUGCUUGAUUUACUAACUGCGAAAUUUCGCGUUCGAGUCGAUUUCAGUUCGAGGACGAGGAUAUAAGCGGCAUGAUACUCGACCGGCUAUAAUUUAUACGUUCGUCUUUUCGAAUCUUCGGUGUAAUUUCAUUAUGCAACGCUCGGAAGAUUAUAUAUCUAUUUCAUAUGUAGAUAUGUGGAACUUUGAACCAAAAUAUCACUUUUAUUUUUCUCCGGGUGCCUCGAGGUCUAUUAUAUAGUCGACAGCGCGAUGUAGAAAAAAAAAAAGAGGCGCUCGAGUGAAGCGCAAUAAUGUGCAUUCCGCACGUGCGAAGGCCGCUGAUUAUUUCGAAUACAAAUCUGAUUAGACACUCUUCGCGGCUCAGCGAAGUCUCAAUGUGUUUCCCCCAUUACAUAAAUAUCCGACCGGCGGCGGCGGCGUUGCGUGGCGGUUAAAGGAGAAAAAUCCUCACAAGUAGCGUCGUAAAUUGACAGGCGGAGCGACAGAUUGUAGACGAACGACGAUUCCCACGGUCACCAGCGGCGACCUUGGUAAAUUUCCCCGAACGCCGUUGAAUUUCGUAGCCGAUUUCGGUAGCAUCGCCGCAUCAUCAUCACCACGGGGCAGUGUAUGUGCCCCAGGUUUCUCGUGAAACGCGCUGGAAACACGCUCAGCAGAAGAGCACGGCGCACGCGCACACCGAGCGUGCCCUUCAGAUCCACAAUGAUGGAGCGUGUCUAUUAGAGGAGGCGAUUGUUCUUAUAUAAUGAAUGGAUCAUGUAACUAGCCGCUUCGCGGACUCGCUUCGGGGGGCCCGGGAGAGAGAAAGAGAGAGAGAGAGAGAGAGAGACCGUCGACGAGAGGGACGCCUUCGCGCUCGCGUGCACAUACAAUCGUACACGCACGCAUUCACGCACGCACGCACGCACGCAGACACACGCGUGUGCAACUCCAAUAUACGUGCGCGUAUGAGCUCACACAAGGCCGUGGCCGUGUGUGUUCGCGUGCAUCGCGUGUACAUACCUGACGGACGGGUGACGUGUGUAAGAGCGCGCGUACCAGUUAGAGCUGCUUGGCUAGCUCGGCUACAUACGUACGUACGUAAGUGCAGCUGAAAAGGCUUUUUACUUUCUGGCCUUGAACGAAAUGUAUCCGGUGACUCUCGGCGAGCGUCGAUCGUGCGCGCGGGGAAACACUUUUGUCGCUUCCCUUCCCCGCUCCCCCUUUCUCGUGUGAAAAGCAAGUUCACCACCGCCCUCGAGAGGCGCCUUCGGUAUAUUUUUGGCAGCCCGUUCCAUCGCAACGUUAGGUCCAUCGCGGAACGACCGGGUUCCGCGUCCGAAUCGCGGGAAUGCCAGCGUCGCGAAAGGGGACGGACGAUAUCGCGUUGCAGGCUCCUAAACCAUUACGGACGAUCCACGAGACGAUAAGGGGAUCGCGAAUCUUCUCUCGCUCCCACCACCCGCGUGAUUUUUCGUGACGCGCGUACACUUGCGCGUGUUAACGGUGACACGAAAAGGAAAAAUUAAACGUAUCAACGUUAAAUGGAUUACCGCUCGGCUGAUAAUUCGUAGGUUGAUUCAAGCGGCGCUCUACCUCGCUCCCGUCUAUCCCGUCCGAGGAUUAUACCAUCAACCGUAAUUGUGUGGGAAUGAAUCAGGGAUCGUGGCGCACGAUGUACAAUCGGCAGACAUUUGUGGGUACAAUUGUGCAAACGAUCCCUUUUAUUAAUGGCGUCGGGCUGAAGAACUCUCGCGGUAACAUUUUUGGGGAAAAACCGCAUCAGCACGCACGUACUUCCGGGCGGGAAAGGCGACGCUCGUCGACAUUGCCGUUCGGUACUUGGUAGAUUGCGAAAGGGCAGAACGGAAUCUUUUUUUUUUUUUUUUAGAAACGAGGAAGAACAGCAUAGGAGGAAGGAGAGAAAGAGAGAGAGAGAGAGAGAAAGAGAGAGCACGUCACAGUCGACGGAGCGAUGCGCAAGAGGGAGAGAGCGUGAGAGACCAGGUGGAAAAUGGCGAUUCGAAAUCGAGGAAAGGUGUGAGUCACCGCGCCACGGUUUCACGCGGGGUGUCACAACCCCGCUCGGGGCACUUUUCGUUCCACGCGAGACGCGAAGUGUAUAAUACAAUGCGCGGCCGCGAUACGGGAAGUCAGCGAACCACGAAGUUAUUCUUGGAUGACGGAAACGUGUAGACGCGUAUUCUCGAAUCGACUGUCCGCGAAUCGAACAAAAACUAGUCCGCGUCGAAAAUAGGCGCGGACGGAUGUUUUUACAUCAGCGCGCGCGCUACGGACGGACGCAACGGCAGCUCUUAAACGAAGGUUGAUACCAGCGGGCGGAAGAAUGUUUCUUUACAGAAAGAAAAACAAAGACCUAAGAAACUUAAUCUUUGUCCAAUCGUGACAGUUACAUACGCGGGUCUUAUAGUUGUAUUAUGUCUUUGUUUUUGAUGAGCUGUGCAAGCUCUCUUCCCGAAGGAGAGGCGAGAGAGAAGCGUAUUCAUUGUCCGAUAAACAUAAUCCGAAGUCACUUCGUGUCUUCAUUUCUUCGGUGUAAAAGUAUCUUCACGGGCAGCUGAAGCCUCUCGAGCCGCUUGUCUCCGCUUAAUGUAUCGUGAAAGAUCGAUGUCGCUUACUCGCCCGCGAUCCCUUCAAAAAUCUUGAUUCCGAGUAAUCGGCUUAACUGCACUCUGUGGUGAGCAGUCGCUUCCCCAUGGAAUACCGCCUAGCGUUCCAAGCGAGUGGAGCUGGAUGGUCCAACGUGUAUAUGCGAACGCGAGCGUAUAUGUACGAGGCCAGCGGGUACAAUGAGACCGCGAAACACGGCCUAUCCAGGACUGGCGAAACGUAAUUGGGCCCACAAAAAAAUGGAGCGGAAACGCCUGGGCCCCCAUUACACAGGUCCCGUAACGAGUUCUCUCUCUCUCUCUCUCUCUCCGCGUUGCUCAAUCCGUGCUGGUCGGCUUGCGCGGUUUGAGCGGCCUCACCUUAAUCAGCACUGUCGCGAUUCGUAUUUUCUUUUUUUCUUUAUUUACAGCUUUACGGAAACCUACAAUUUCAAAAAAUUAUGAAAUUAACGUACUGAACGCAUGCGUACAGAAUGACAUCGAUUACAAAUGUGACAAAACGCCGUACUCGUCAGUAAAGAUGAUACCAAAACGAUAUUUAAUCACCGCUCCCUUGAUCUGUGGAUUCCUCGACUAUUGAAAAUCAAUUUUUAAAUAAACGUCACUGUUCUUCAUAAUUCGAUUGUACAAUUGGAUUUCUGUUAAAAUGUAGCUUUGAAAACUACUGGAAAAUGAUUGCUUAUUCGCUUGGAGCACUCGGACAGAGUUUUGAGGCCUUUUGUUGCUAAUUUGUUGCCAUUCCUAAUUUACAAAUAAUUAAUUUUUAAUACCUGCGUUAGGAAAACCGAUUCGGUCACAUUAAUCGGAGGAUCCGUGAGUAAAAAAAAAGUGCAACAUAGUACACUUGGGCACAUCUACACGUAUGUAUAUUCGCAAAAUUUUGCAACCAAGUUUAACGAACCGCGCGUUUCCUACAAUUAAGUGUACGUUUUUCAACGGCGUGCGAUCUUUUUCAUCAUUCGGCCACGACGCGCAUUCUCCCUCCCGCUCUAACAACCUCCCCCCCGGUGUCUCGCGCUUUAAUUUUCAGCCUCGACAUUUGCGUAACCCAGUUUCGCCAUUGUUCGAUUCAAUGGUAGAUCGUAACGUCCGCCAUCCGGAUAGGAGAUUAUAAUGCUCGCGUGUACGUGGUACCGCGCAUCGUCGCUCUCGUGUGUAUGCAAUACGAUGUAUUCUGACGGUCUCCUGACACUCCACUAUGGAAAACAUCCAGCGACCUUGGCCGCAGAGGUCGGGGCCUGGUACAGUGGAGAUCGUCAUGUGGACGUGACCCUGGCAUGCGACGAUGGGUCUGUCGUAAAGGCCCAUCGCGUCGUUUUGGCUGCAGCCAGUCCCCUCCUAGCUAGUUUACUUCGGAAUCCUACCCUGGACCAUGUGGUUCACUUGUCAGGCGUCCGAAAGACUCAACUAAAUCAUUUAUUGGAGUUUUUGUAUAAUGGAGAAGCAUUGAUACCGUCGACAGAGCUUACACCGUUGAGGGAGCUCUUUGAACUACUGCAAAUUAAGUCAGAGUUAUUUGAGCCCAAUCAAUCUCAAACUGGUAACUCUGACCCCGAAAGAGUAUCAACUCCACAGGCCUCGGAAGGCCAGGAGAGUUCCAGUUAUGAAUCCCAAUAUGAUGGCAGACAAUCCAACAAUCCCGCGGACUGUUGCUCAGUUGUUAUUAAAACAGAAGGUUGCGAAGAGGAGACGGAAGUGGAUGUGGAAGGUGUGGAAGGCGAAAGUCUUCUAUCGGAUAACAGAGAGGGCAGUAUAGAACCUCCUAGAAGAAGGGAUAGUUCCGAUCCUGUUAAUCUCAGUCUUAAUUCCGGCACUUCCGUUACGAGCGACAGCUCACACGAUAUAAUACACAGGUCUGAAAAGCCGAUAUUCGAGAGGCGAGAAUCUCUUGAGGAAGCUGAAGAGAGGAAGAGGCAGCUGGCGACGCGGCUGGCGUUAGGCUUAGAAAAGAGAAAACUCGAAGAAAUACCAAUCCCACCUGCGGAGGCGUACGUCGUGACGCCCCAUCGAAAGCGAAGGCCUGGCUUCCACAAUGCCCCCGCACAAAAUCCAGCCUUCGUGCCUUUCAAUCCAGGAUUCGAGACACCUAGAAGGUUGCAGGCGCCACAUCCCCUCAGUGUUUCAGCACCACCGUACCUGCAGGAUAGAUCGAUGACACCGCCAUCACAUCGGCCGCCGAGUGCCGAUCCGGCAUCAGCAGCGGCUCUCGAGACACCUUGGGUUUGGACUAUGCCACCUGCCAGAGCUCCACCACCGCCACCAACAACAGACGAUCCGCCGAAGACCACUCCUGUUCGUGACUACCGAUGCAAUUACUGCGGCAAGCAGUUCGGCAUGUCGUGGAACCUGAAGACUCACCUAAGAGUGCACACGGGAGAAAAGCCUUUUGCAUGUAGACUUUGCGUUGCCAUGUUCAAACAAAAAGCCCACUUGCUAAAGCAUCUUUGCUCGGUGCAUCGAGGUGUGAUAGCCGCCCCAGAUAAUACGUUUUCGUGUUGCUUCUGCUCGUCAUCGAACUUCGUCAAUCUGCAAGAUCUCAUUAGGCAUCUUUCAGGGCCGCACAACAAUCUGCUACUCAGCAGGAAUAUCGAUCUCACGAAACGACAUCUUGAACUUACGAAUCGUGAAUAGCGACAAAGUCAAAGACCGUCCGGUGCUGAAGAGUGUUCCUCGGGCGCACAAUAACGAGUCCUUCGAGCAACUCAUCUGACGCCCUCAGGAUCGUCGUUAGGAGUAUGUGAUCGAGACACACAAAUUCUGUUCAGACCGUUUAAAAAAAGUUGGUUUGUGCAAAACGAGACAUUUAAAAUUAUCACCCUUUCAUGCUUUUUACUGACAAUACACAAAAAAGUGUAAUAAAAAAAAUCAUAUUUUUCGAAAUAUGCAUAUUAUUUUAAAAAAUAUAUAAUUAUAAAAUUAUAUAUUUUUAAAUAAUCUUUAUAUUUCGAUACGAAUGAGUUUUAAUUUAUUAAUUAUUUGUCUUUCCACGAACAGAUAAUUGUCUAGACUUUUUGUUAUAUCAUUAAAAGCAAUGAAGAUUGUUUACGUAAUAAUUUUAGAUAUUCUAUUAUGUAAUUGUUCAAAUAAUUUCGCUAUUUGCAAUAGCCUUAAUAUUUCUAAAACAUUUAUAUUUUAUAUUUUUAUUUGGAUGUAAUGUAAUGUAACUUUACUACAGACAAAAUAUAGUGCGAAGCCAAGUAAGAGAAAUGAUUAUUGGUUUAAUAUCAUAUAAUGAUAUUAAAAAACACAAAUAUGAUAUUAGAAAAUAAAUUUACAUAAGGUCUGAACAGAAUUUUAAAUAUUGCAGUUUGUCUUCUUGCUUUUUUUAUUGAUACUAUCAUUAUGUCGAAAAUAAUGUUAUAUAUAAGAAAAUAAUAUAUAAAAAAAGACUUUCAUACGUGAUAAUUAAUAUCGUAAUUUCACGAAUAAAUUUACUUUUUAUUUAAUUAAUAGAGAAGAAAAAAUAUGAUAUAGGAUUGGAAUUCGAUCUUAGUGCCUAAUAAUACUUUCAUACGAUUUUAUAUAUAGAAUGAGAACUUAUAAUUAAGAUUUUUCAAAUCGUAAUUGCAACAUCUUUUAAAUAAGUUCUGUUUGAAGACAAACUGCAGCACCGGAAGAGGGUCUUUCCUAAGAAUAAUAAAAAGAAAUCUGAUUUUAUACAAUGUAUAUGUCUUCUUUAUCUGAGGUCGUUUAAUUCGGUGCGACUUUUCAGAAAGUAUCUUAUCGUUAUGGCUAAGCAAUAACUUUGAUAAGAUGUUUUUGUUAAUAAUCGACGUGGUUCGAGUACGUACGUCGGAAAUAAUCGUCGAAGACGAUGUGGGAAAAGUACAAGGACGAUAAUAUGAACGAACAGAGAGUCAAUUAUUGUCACGCGCCAAAUCUUGACGAGCUUGUAGGAUUGAAAAGCAGUCUCUUUGUCGCGUCUUGUUUGUUGUUAUUUUAUUUUAAUCAUUGCACGUGGCAAAUCCGACAACCAGCGUACCUCACCGCGUGCGACUAAUCUCACGAUGUAAAUAAUGUUAAAUAGGAGAUGAUUAGAAUUUAUUUAUUUCAUUCUACCGCAAAGGGACCAACCAAUUUCCACCGAUUUCUUAGGUAGAUCUUAGGUGUCCUGCCCGCUAAUCGCCAGGAGCUAACUACUAGCAGAUAGAACUGCAUGGUUUCGAUCGCGAACACGAAAGUAUUCGAUCGGGAUGUUGAAAGACGGGAACGAAUGAAGUAUCGAAAUGUUAAGCAGGAUGGAAGGGAACAUUAUCGGCGAAAUCGAUUGCGGAAGACGCAGUUACGAUGUUUAUAAAUUAUUGAUGAUUCAUUGUCUAGUAAACGUCAUCGACGUUGUUAAUGUUCUGUCUUCUAAAAACCUGUCUUCCACAUUGUCGCCUCCCCUACAUCUUCCUCAUUCCCCCGUACAUCUUUCGACAUAAUUUAGCGACUCGAGUGCCUUGUCAAAUGGGUCCAAAUUGGUCGAUUGGGCAGUGAUUUCAUGUGUUCAUAGGCUUAAGAGACAUAGGCGUUUAAGAUGACGAUACGAGCUCGCUUAGGAAAUGGAGGAAUGUUAAUUAAUUCACGCAGAAUGUUUUAAGAUUAAUUCGAAUUCAAUUUCUCUUAAGGCUAGUUAGAUCGUUUUAAGUAGUAGCUUUCUUUUCUCUAAUUUUAUCUUUGUUUGACGCAGGACGUCAUUUUUUUUCUUCUCUAUAGAUAGGCAUUAUUAUUACCUAAGGUGCCUUGAAGAAGGGCCUCAACCUCUUUUUUGCUCCUUGAUUGUACAUCUCGAAAUUAUUUCGAAAAUAUCUGGAAGUGGUUAGAAGAGAAGAAAUAAGACACUGUCAAAUCGAUCGAUUAACGAUAACGCGUUUGGAAGUUUCUAUUUAGAGAAUACACAUUCCAUAAGAAACAAAGUUAAAAAAUUGUUUUAAUUUAAUAACGUUUAAUUGAUCGAAUUGUAAUUGUGAAGAGAUAACUUGAAGAUAUAUAUACAGAGAAAUUAGAAUGUAUGACAUAAACGCUCUAGCUAAAUGUAACUUUGCAAUCCAGAUCUUAUACCAAAGACGUUCUCAUAAAAUCUGUCAAAUAGUUAGUUAAAUCUGUUAAAUGUAAAAUACAAUAUAAUUAUUUUUUUAACGUGUGUUAUUUUGAGUAACACUAAAGUAACGGCAUGAUACUUGAACGAUAUUUUAUAAUCAUAACUUACAACUUGAUUACAUACACGUGUAUAGACUUGUGUAUGCAAUAAGAGAUGUAUAAAAUAUAAAAUUAUACUUUUUAAAGUGAAUAAAAAAGUUUCUUGACGGUCUGCUUCUCUCAAAAGAGCGUCUUGUAUCAAUCAAAUAAAGCGUCGCGCGGCAAGAGGAUGGAAACACGGCUGAUUAACGUUCCUUAUAUCUUCGUGUUUCUGCUCGGCCUCGCAAUCGCGAUCGCUCAGGGGUGGAGACAAAUCGAUCGGUGCGUCUUUUCUUCUCCUCCACUUCCCAACAUUAUGACGUUCAUUUACGCGAAUGUGUUGUAAUGAGACGGCGUAUACAAGUAACGGAACGGAAAGAGAGGUUGGAGGGGUGGUGUGCGCUCUCGCGAAGCCAGGCAAAAACGGCCAGCACAAAACAGUGAACGUAAUGUGAUACUAAAUGAUAAUAAAGCUAAAGUAAUUAUUGUUUAGCGUGCGACGCCGCGGCGUUCAUGGCACGAGCGCGACUCGUGGCUCUCGGCAUGAGCAGGAGAGAAUCUUGCGAAUCGCGAAGGGGCAGGAGGAUACCGACAAAGAGAAAGAACUUGCGAGUCGCAAAUAAUAAUUUAAGCAAUCAGCUUUUUAUUACCAUUUUCCCCUUUAUCCUUUCGCCCACCUUUAUCACACACUCCCGACAUCAGUCGACCCCUCUUCUCGAGCCGUAAACGCGUUAGGAUUACGCAUUACAGAUUAUUUUAUUGUUAAUUAAUUAUGUUUAGCGCGCACGCGCAUCCGGAUGUCCCUCCUUGAAAACCGUAUUCGCACCACUGUCGAGGAGAAAAGAAAAGCAGAGAUCUCGAAUUUUCACGCUCUCGAUCGGUCGAGUUGAUCGAGAACGCGGAAGAAAACGAUAUUUUUCUUUGAUACCAUUAAUCGACGUUGCAAAAUUUUUCGAGAUCCGCAAGUCCUUUCGCUAUUAAAUGGCAAUUAAAUAAUAUAAAUUAAAUUAUGCAUCGUUUAGUAAAGUUAAGAUUUAAGGGAUAUAAUAAUUAAUAUAAUUAUGUAGGGAACAUUGAUUUUCUACGAUUUUACAUUGUCUUCCGUCAUUGUAUGGCGUCUGCUUCUUCUCCUCGUUCGGACAUCCGGAUGAAACAUUGUAGAUUUUAAGCAUCUUCCAAGCGGGGCGCGAGCUCCGUGUGCUUUCUUAGUGUUCAUAGGUUUAUGAGAAAUAAAUUAAAAUUCUGAAGGAAA